AUGCCGAGCCCACAGCUCCGUGUGCAGGCGCGGGAGAGGCUCCGCCGCUGUGUGACAGCGACGCGCUGCGGUUUCUGUUCUACAGGAAGGAAUCACCCGCGCUCCGGGCCGGCCUGGUCCUGCAGCGCCUUCCCAAACACGCUGCCCCUCGGGAGGCCGCAGCCGGAGGGAAGGGCGAUCCUGCGCCAUGGCCGCCCUGGCGGGGGCAGGCACGUCAUCCCCAAAGUGCGGGACCGCCGUGUCCGCCGCCCCUGGCCCCCGCCACCCCCUGGGUGUCCAGGCGGUCGGCAGCCGGGUCCCACUGGAGCCGGUGGGACCACAAACUCCCCUGGUAACAUCUAUGGCAGGGAGCCACCGCCACCCUCCCUCACCAAGGGUCCCCCUGGGCCCGGCUCGUUGCGCCCCUCAGCGCCGGCCGGGGCAUCUCGCAUCCCUCCCGCUGCUCUCUCUGCUGCCUGGGGCAUGGUGCUGCUCUGUGGUGUAUUUAUUGUUCAUCCAGAAGAUCCACUUACAUUCUUAGAAGAAAAUCUCAGAGAAAUAAUGGCAAAGGGAUUAGAUACUUUCUUAUGAUACAUACUAAAUUAUUCUCUGUGUAUGAUUAAAGAAUUGUGUGCAAAAGAAUUGUGUGACUUUUACAGCAGAAACUUAAUGAAGCUUUAUUUUGGGUAAUUAUAUAUUUUUCACCUAUUUCAGGAACAUCAUAGGAAAAAUCUUUUACCAAACUGGUGGAAGAUGGCUCUACAAUAAAUCCAUUGUAAUAUCUAAAUAUUAAAAGUUAUUAUACAGAAGUGGAACAUGUGUGUGGAGACCGACAAGGAAAAAAAAAGCUUCCCCAGUUUACAGUAAAUUAGUUUGGCUCACUGCAGAAAAUUCACAGACAAAGAUUUACCAUACCUGCACCCUUGCAAAGGCUGUCACAAGAUCAUCUGUUUGGAAAUUCCAGGUUGCAUUCAGGUUUGUACUGAUGUCUUCAAAAAUACUGCCAAUGGCUGCAAUUGGAUUCAAGAUUUGCUAAUCAGCAAAAUGUUAACUCUUACAGACAGAUGUAUAAAAGCUCUGCUUGAAAAAUGUCAACAGGUAAUGUCUGUUGUCCUUCUUGACUCUCCAACACUUUCUGACACAACUUGUAAAGCCCUCGCAGAAUGUAAACUUUUGAAGGUCAGCAUUGAAGGAAAUAAGCAAAAUGCUGAUUUAAGUUUCAAGCUGAUGAGUAAAUGCUGCCCCUACAUGAGGCACAUUCAUGUGGCUGAUUGCCAGUGGAUUACAGAGGCUGGUGCUAAGAUGAUUUCACCAUUGAAGCACAUUCUUGUACUGAAUAUGGCAGACUGCACAAGGUACCCACCAAAGCUGCUUUACCACUUCAGUGGACAGAACAAGGAAAAUACAGCAGAGUUUGGUUUGAGAGCUCUUGGUCGCCAUGGACAAAUAUUGGAACUUUCUAUAUCACAAAGCAAAAACUUCAGUGACAAUGGGAUUCAGAUAUAUAACCAGGGUUACAGAGAUGAAGUAAGCAAACAGAGCUCCAUCUCUUUUGAUUGCAAAUAUAAUUUGAAUGUUAUUUGCAAAAACAUUGGAUCAAAGGAUUGGUGUCCAAGCAUUGUAAUUGAGUUCUGCAAGGGCACAGGGUACCUGGAACACUGCCUUGUCUCUUACUGCCCUCAGCUGACAGAUGAAGCUGUGAAAACAUUGGCAUUUCACUGCCACAGACUGACAUCUGUCAACAUUGGAGGCUGCCCAAAGGUGAUUGAUACACAUAUCCAAUACUUGGCUGCAGCCUGCCAUUAUCUCCCCUUCUUGGACAUCUCAGGUUGCAUUCACCUUACUGACAACCUGAGAUAUCUUCAGAAAGGCUGUGAGCAACUCCACAUUCUCACAACACUGUACUGUAGAAAAAUUACCAAAAAAGCUACUUUGAAAUACACAGCUGAACUGGAGAAACAGGAACAUAAAGAUGCUGACCAUCCUUCCUGGCUCAGAUAUGACUGGGAUGGUAACAUAAUCACCUUCACCAAAACAUGCAGAUCAGAGCCUGAAAAAACAAAUUCUUCAAAAUGAAAUAAGAAGAAAUUGUGCAGCAUCUCUACAGUUCAAGGGUUUUUCUCUAGAGCAUGAAAAGACCACUGUGUUAU